AUGAAACAUGUGCAAGUUGGUAUUAUAAGUGAUAAAUCAUUUGAUUACAAGCAGCUUAUCAAAGUUUUAACGAAGAACAACACAAUGCAUACUAUCUACAAUGCUUUAGAAGGACCUUUAGAAAUUUCUUUCACUGAAUUCAGUGAUGAGUUAAAACAUUCCUAUAAUUUGCUUUUAUACAUCAUUGGUGGAUCAAAAGAUAUUGUUAAAGAUGUUGAUAAUUCAACCCUUUCCAAAUUAAAUUCGUGCGCUCAAAAAGCUAUCGUGGUUGUAAACAAUCAUCAUGAACAAAGCGAAUUGUCAUCACUCGAAACACAAUUACAACCUGUUUUUGUCACAAAUGUUUUUCUUCAAACUAAUGAAGGAAUUGAUUCAUUGCUUUAUCUUAUUUCUGAAUUUACAUUUGGUAAACCAAACAUCAUUUACGAUCCACAGAACAUCUUAAGAAAGUUUAAUAAGUAUUUAGAAAUUAUCACACCAAAACGCGUUGUCGAAUUCCAUCCUGCUACAAAUACUAAGGUUUGCACUAAGGCUAGUGCAAGUUUCCGUGUUCCUGCAAAUGAUAAUUAUGAAUGGAAAGAAUUUGAUAAUUCCAAUGGAUACGAAUUUGGUGAAACCCGAUAUGACUGGUUUGCUUUCAGUGGAGAUAUCGAGAUACCUUCAUCUUACGAUCCAACAAAGCAUAAUCUUCAUGCAAAAUUCAAUAUCAACAGAAAUUACUUAUGCAGACCAUGGGAUGAUGAUUUUCCAGCUGGUCCUGAAGGUAGAAUAUGGCUGAAUGGUGAAGCACUUGGUGCUAUCGAUGAAUUCCAUAACUCCCAAAUUAUAAAACAGGGAGGACACGUUGAAGUACGUAUUUUCACUGGCCGUUGCACAGCAUCUCACAAUCUAACACAGUUUGGCCUUGAAAUUACCGACAAAAAUACAGAUGCUCUUUAUUAUAGAUUAAAAUUCAUGACUGCACUCAUCAAACAGCUUAAAGACACUAAUACUGACAGAGCUAAACUCAUCCAUCUUGUCGAUGCUGCUGUCAGAGAGCUCGAUGUCCGAGAUUUGAAUGGACCAAUUGGAUUAUUACCAGUAAGACGUCAUGAUCCACACGAUAUGGCCUUCUACUCUUCCGUUCCGAAGGCUCUUGAGAUCCUCAGGAGCAUCCACAACAUCAGAGGAAGAGCAGAACCCGAUGGACCAUGCAUUUCCAUAAUUGGCUACUCCCAUUUGGACACUUGCUGGGAAUGGCCAUACUCCAUUCUUCAUUUUAAGAGCGCAAACACCGCUUCUUCAAUGUUACACCUCAUAGAAAAUCCACCUGACGAAUUUGAUAAUCCUGUCAUGUGGAAAUUCCUCGCCACAGCCAGCCAGCACUACAAAUGGAUGUCUGAGGAUGAUCCCACACUCUACUCCCGUGUUCUAUCAGCGAUUCAUGAUGGCAGAUGGGUUGCAGAUGGUGUAACAUGGCUUGAACAUGAAACAAAUUUAAUGAACGGCGAAAGUAUGAUCAGACAGUUCCUUUACGGCAAAUCCUAUUUCGAAGACAUAAUAGGACAAAAGCAGACAACACUUAUAUUACCAGAUUGUUUCGGUUUCUCAGCGAGUUUGCCUCAAGUCAUGAAGAAUUUCGGCAUCGAUUCAUUUUUGACAUCAAAAAUUUCAUGGUGCGAAUACAACGAUUUCCCUUACCACACAUUUAAUUGGAGAGGAAAUGAUGGCAGUGAAGUACUUGGCCACUUUGUUACUACUCCAAGCAGCUGGAGCUACCAGACAUCAACAUACACAGGAACAGCAACAAUUCCUGAAUUACUUGGAACAUAUGAUUGCUACAAACAGAAGGAUAUCUGCAGACAUAGUGCAAUACAUAUGGCAGGAAAUGGAGAUGGUGGUGGUGGAAUUACAGAAGAAAUGAUAUGGAACUUCAAUUUGAUGAACGAGUUGCCAAGACUUGAAGGUGUUCCUGCUGUUAAAUUCCCAACAAUGUCCGAAAUUUUCGAUGAAAUUCGCCGUAAAAAGGAUAGUUUGCCAACAUGGGAUGACGAAUUAUAUUUGGAAUAUCAUAGAGGAACACUAACAUCACAAGAAGAGGUAAAGCGUCAAAACAGAAAGCUUGAAUCUCAUCUCAAGAAUGCAGAGUUCAUCUUGACUGUUCUCAAAGCCGUUUAUAAUUUCACCGGGGAAGUUGAUUACCAGAAAUCUCCGAAAAAUUUGUGGGAAGAGGUAUUAUUGUAUCAAUUCCAUGAUGCAUUGCCAGGAACAAGUGUUAAUGAAGCAAACAUGCAAAUACUCACUAGAGGAACACAAACACUCCAAAAAGUUAAAGAAAUUGAAAACUUUUUGGCUGAAAAAUUAUCUGAACAAGAAGAUUCGAAUUUGUUGAUUUCCACUGUCUGCCCAUUCUAUGGAUGGAAGUCCUGUGAUAAAGUUCAGAGAGAUGAGUUCAAAACAACAUUCUAUGAGAGAAAUAAAGAUGAAUCUCAUACAACAUACGAGUUCUCAUUUGAUGAUGUUGAUACAACUGUCAAGAGCAAGUUCGAGUUUGACUUCCAGACAAAGACAGUUAAGAAUGACAAGAUGACAGUCGUUUUUAACGAAAAAGGCGGAAUUAAAUCUCUCAAAGUUGGCACUCGUCAGUUUAUCGAAGAAAAUGAUGACUGUCCAUUCCAUUUCUACGAAGAUAGAUCCAUUAACUGGCCAGCCUGGGACAUUCAGCUCUAUCAUAAAGAAAUGGAACUCGAAAGUCCAGUUUUCACCUCUAUUUCAGCCAUAAACGACGACCAAUUGGAAGUUACAUGGGAAAUCCCUGAAAUUGGUGAAGCAAAGGCCGAAAAAUCCGUCAUCAAACAAAUUAUUUCGAUUAAUGAUACUACGAUCGAUAUGAAAACCACUGUCAACUGGUCCCAACACGAUAAACUCCUCAAGUACGUCCUCCCUACCAAGAUCCGAUCCAGAACAGCCAAGUUUGGACUCCAAUUCGGAUAUCUCGAGCGAGAAACGCAUUCUAACACCAAACGCGACAUGGCAAGGUUCGAAUCAUGUGGUAGAUGGGCCGAUCUAUCAGAUUCCCAUGGUGGAAUCACGAUGACAAGCGAUGUCAAGGCCGGAUUUGACAUUCACGGCAUAACAAUGAUGAUGUCGCUGCUCAAAGCACCAAUGCAGACUGACAAAUGGGCUGAUUUCGGUAUCAGAAGGUUUAUCAUCAGAUUGGACUUCCAUAACCAAGAAUUCUCUCCAAAAUCGCAAAUUUUGGCCGACCAAUUAAAUUACCCACCAACAUUUUGCGAUAUCGGAAAGUCUCAGCCAGUUGAGAAAGAAUUCUUGAAAAUUGAGGAAAAUAAGCUGAUUUUGACAUGUUUGAAGGUCAGCGAAGACGGAAAAGGAUUCAUUGCAAGGUUUGUUGAACCAAGUGGUGGAUUCACAACAGCAAAUGUCGAAUUUCCUCUUUUGGAAGGAGAUUGGAAAUUUGAUUUGGUAAACAUGGAAGAAAAGAAUGAAAUUCCGCUCGAAUACAACAAAGAAAAGAAGUCUAUCACAUUGGAAGCUGAAAUGUUCCAGGUUUUGACAGUGAAAUUUAGUAAGAUUUGA